UCAUCUUUUACUUCUUCUUCUUCAUCAUCUUCUUCUUCUCUUUCACUUUCCAAAGUCCUUUUUCCCCCAAAUAUUCUCUACGUAAUCUUCUUCCAAUUUCCAUUUUCCUUUUCCUAAUCCAUAAUUUCUUCGAUCUACGGUUCCUAAUUCCUAAUUCCUUCGCCGAUUCUCUCCGACUUCCCCUAUUUCGAUUCCCUUUCUCCCGAUUCAAAUCUCUCUCUUUAAUUUCAAUUCACUUUCUCCGUUUGAUUUGAUUUUUUUUUUUUUUUCAUAUCCAUUUAUGGUUGUGAAACUGGUCCGAUGGCCGGCCUGGCCGCCGUUCUCGUCGAGAAAAUACGAGACGAUCAUCAAUAUUCGCCGAUUGGAAGGAUUGGCGAAUGUGUCGACGAUGAAGGAUAGUGAUGGUUUAGUGAUGGAAAUCAAAUGGAAAGGGCAAAAAAUUAUGGGAUUGAGUUCUUGGAGACGCUCUGUGAAGAGGAAUUAUACGGAAAAGGGGAAUGUCCGUGAAGAAGAAGAAGGAGAAGGAGGAAAAGGAUUAUGUGUGGAUUGGAAUGAAGAGUUUAUGAGUUUGUGUUCCUUUUUGGGUUCUAAAGAGGAUGUUCUCAAUAUUCCUCCGUGGAAGGUUUUGUUGAAACUUCUUCAGAAAGGAAACGGCUACACUGUAGUCGGAACCGCAUUACUAAACCUAGCAGAAUAUGUUUCCAAAGCUGAUGGAAAAGAGAUUCAAAUAAGCCUUCCUUUGAAGGUUUGUGGUAGCACUCCGGAGUUAAGCCGCCCUCCAUUGCUUCUUUUAUCUCUCAACCUCUUGGAGCUAAGAACUGAUACGAAACCGUUGGGGAUGGUGCAAAGGUCGAUCAUGCCUGUUACGCUCUCACCAACAUCACCGUUGGCUUUGUCUACGGAGAAAGAUGGGUUAGCUGUAAUAAGAGCAAGUCUAGAUAGAGUGAAAAUAUUUAGACAUUGUGUAUCAGCUGGAAGACCUAAAGAAGUAUUCCAUGAAGAAGAUAUUGCUACUGUUAAUAGGUUUUAUAUUAAAGAUAAGGAUUCUACUCAAAGUUCUUCACUUGAUUCGGAUUCGCUAGAUGAUAGUGGGAAUGAGGGUUCGUGUGUUAGGCAGCCAUUUGGUUAUGAGAAACUAGCCCAUGCUAACCGAUUGCUUCUCCCUUGGAUGAAGAACGACAAUGGAGAAGAUGAAUAUUGGAUCUAUUGUGGUAAUGGUGCAGGGUGUUUAGAGGUUGAUAGUGACUGUUCACAAACUAUGCAGCAGAACUCGAUGCGCAAAAUCUUGUCGUGGAGGAAGAGGAAGUUGAGCUUCAAAUCGCUCAAAGUUAAAGGAGAGCCUCUUUUGAAGAAACAUUAUGGUGAAGAUGGUGGAGAUGAUAUCGACUUUGACCGUAGGCAGCUCAGCACAAAUGAGCUUUUCUCUUGGUGGUAUAACCUAGACUUAUCAGCGGCUGCAUUUGGAGAUGAUAACUUUGCUGUGGGUACUUGGGAGCAGAAAGAGGUAACCUGCCGUGACGGGUGCUUGAAGAUCAAAACUGAAGUCUUCUUUGCCUCUAUUGAUCAAAGAAGCGAACGUGCUUCAGGGGAAAGUGCCUGCACAGCUCUAGUUGCUGUUAUUGCUGAUUGGUUGCUAUCCAACCAAGAUGAAAUGCCCAUCAAGUCUGAGUUGGACAACUUGAUCAGAGAUGGAUCAGCAGAAUGGAGAAACCUUUGUGAAAAUAAAGACUACAUGGAGCAGUUCUCUGAUAAACACUUUGAUCUCGACACAGUAAUUGAUGCAAAAAUCCGACCGCUAUCCGUUGUUGCAGAGAAGUCGUAUGUUGGAUUCUUCCACCCAGAAGGGUUGGAAGAAGAGGGUGUCUUUGAGUUCCUUAAAGGCGCUAUGUCUUUUGACACCAUAUGGGAUGAAAUCAACCUCCAAGCAGCAGAUGCAGGCGAAUCAAUAGUUUACAUAGUGAGUUGGAAUGACCACUUCUUCAUCUUGAAAGUUGACAAGGAUGCUUACUACAUCAUAGACACCUUGGGCGAGCGGCUUUACGAGGGGUGCAACCAGGCAUACAUUCUGAAAUUUGACAAGGAGACAGUAAUUCAUAGAUUACCAAACAACACAAAGGAAACAGAGGAGGAAAGCUCCAACAACACAAAGGAAUCAUCAAAGAGCACAGGCCCAUCAGAGGAGAAAACCUCCAUUGACACAAAACAACCAAAGACUUCAGAGCCAUCAAAGGAGAAAAGCAGCAUUAUUAAGACAAGUCAAUCAAAGAGCACAGAGAUCUCACAGGUGGAACCAUCCACCAAUGUGUCACAAGCAAGCAAACCAGAGAUUUUGGGGGAAAACCCAUCCAUGGAUGUCAUGCAACCAAGCGAUUCAACAUCAAAACCAACGGGUGGCCUGAAAGAAGCUUCGACUGAGAAGAAAGAUGAGUCAGGAAAUGGUAGUAAUAUAAAGGAAGAGGCUGAAUGCACAGGGAAGGAGUGCUGCCAGGAGUACAUUAAGAGCUUUCUUGCCGCAAUUCCAAUCAGGGAAUUGCUGGAAGAUGUGAAGAAGAACGGCUUGAGUUCAUCGACACCCCUUCACCAACGACUGCAAAUAGAAUUCCACCGUGCCAAAGUGAUUCUAGAGGCAGGGGAUCAAAUUUUGGCAAGCAACGACUGAGGAUUAAUUAUAAAAGAAAGCUGACUCAAAAGCUAUGCUUUAGUUCUUGUUUAACUUUUGAAUUAAGUUUUGAAGAAUCUCCUUGUUUAGACCACUGUAAUAAGGAAUAAAGUAAAUAUUGAAGAGGGCAUAAAUUAAUUGUUUAUAAUGCCCCAUUAAUUCCUUGUUUAAUUAUUGUAAAAGUUAUUAAUGCUUAUUAAUUCCUUCCUCAA